UUCGGCCAUGUUGGGUGUAUGUUACAGCAGGAAUGUGUAUAUCAACAAAGAGAUCGAACAUAAUAUGUGACUUGUGAUCAAUAAAUCCUGGCUGAUUAAUAGACGAACUGAGCUCAUUGGAAAAUACUUUCCCUAAAACAGAAACAGCAGCUGUCAAUCUCUAUUUGAUAUUGCCGGCAGCAGAAGUUUUUCUAAAGAACAGGACACCAACAGAACUAUACUAAGCAAGAUUAUGAAGAAAUCUUUUAAUAAGACAACCAAGGAUUCCAGCUCUCCAAACUCAAGCAAUUUCUCAGAACCCUUUAUGUCUACAAAGGAGAUCAUAAACACAAAACCUUUCUCAUGUUCUGAAUGCGGAAAAUGUUUUCGCUGGCAUUCACACAUUGUUCUACAUCAGAAAACUCACACAGGAGAGAAACCUUUCUCAUGUGCUGAAUGUGGGAAAUGUUUUAGCCAUAACCCGGCUCUAGUUUCACAUCAGAGAAUUCACACAGGAGAGAAACCUUUCUCAUGUUCUGAAUGCGGAAAAUGUUUUCGCUGGCAGUCACACAUGGUUCUACAUCAGAGAACUCACACAGGAGAGAAACCUUUCUCAUGUGCUGAAUGUGGGAAAUGUUAUAGUAAUAACCCGGCUCUAGUUUCACAUCAGAGAACUCACACAGGAGAGAAACCUUUCUCAUGUGCUGAAUGUGGGAAAUGUUUUCGCUUGCACUCAUCUCUUGUUUUACAUCAGAGAACUCACACAGGAGAGAAACCUUUCUCAUGUUCUGAAUGUGGAAAAUGUUUUAGCGGGCACUCACAUCUUGUUACACAUCAGAGAACCCACACAGGAGAGAAACCUUUCUCAUGUUCCGAAUGUGGGAAAUGUUUUAGCAAUAACCCGACUCUAGUUUCACAUCAGAGAACUCACACAGGAGAGAAACCUUUCUCAUGUGCUGAAUGUGGGAAAUGUUUUAGCGUGCACUCAGGUCUUGUUCAACAUCAGAGAACUCACACAGGAGAGAAACCUUUCUCAUGUUCUGAAUGUGGAAAAUGUUUUAGCGGGCACUCACAUCUUGUUACACAUCAGAGAACCCACACAGGAGAGAAACCUUUCUCAUGUUCUGAAUGUGGGAGAUGGUUUAGACAUAACACAUCUCUAGUUAGUCAUCAGAGAACACACACAGGAGAGAAAACUUUCUCAUGUUCUGAAUGUGGGAGAUGGUUUAGACAUAAAACAUCUCUAGUUAGUCAUCAGAGAACCCACUCAGGAGAGAAACCUUUCUUAUGUUCUGAAUGUGGGAAAUGUUUUAGCGGGCACUCAAAUCUUGUUUCACAUCAGAGAACCCACUCAGGAGAGAAACCUUUCUCAUGUUCUGAAUGUGGGAGAUGGUUUAGACAUUACACAACUCUUACGUUACAUCAGAGAACUCACACAGGAGAGAAACCAUUCUCAUGUUCUGAAUGUGGAAAAUGUUUUGUCAAUAAAACGAAUCUUGUGCUUCAUCAGAGAACUCACACAGGAGAGAAACCGUUCUCAUGUUCUGAAUGUGGAAAAUGUGUUAGUAGUAAGGCAAAUCUUGUUAUACAUCAAAGAACUCACACGGGAGAGACACCGUUUGCAUGUUCUGAAUGUGGAAAAUGUUUUAGCUGUACACAAUCUCUUGUUAGACAUCAGAGAACUCACACAGGAGAUAAACCGUUCUCCUGUUCUGAAUGUGGAAAAUGUUUUAGUAGUAGAGACCUUCUUGUUAGACAUCAGAGAACUCACACAGGAGAGAAACCAUUCUCAUGUUGUGAAUGUGGAAAAUGUUUUGUCACUGAAACAAAUCUUGUGUAUCAUCAGAGAACGCAUACAGGAGAGAAACCAUUCUCAUGUUCUGAUUGUGGAAAAUGUUUUAGUCGUAAAGACACUCUUGUUAAACAUCAGAAAAUGCACACAGGAGAGAAACCAUUCUCAUGUUCUGAAUGUGGAAAAUGUUUUGUCAAUAAAACAAAGCUUGUGCUUCAUCAGAGAACGCACACAGGAGAGAAACCAUUCUCAUGUUCUGAAUGUGGAAAAUGUUUUAGUAGUAAGGCAAUUCUUGUUAUACAUCAAAGAACUCACACAGGAGAGACACCGUUCUCAUGUUCUGAAUGUGGAAAAUGUUUUAGUAGUAAGGCAAUUCUUGUUAUACAUCAAAGAACUCACACAGGAGAGACACCGUUUGCAUGUUCUGAAUGUGGAAAAUGUUUUGUCAAUAAAACAAAGCUUGUUCUUCAUCAGAGAAGUCACACAGGAGAGAAACCAUUCUCAUGUUGUGAAUGUGGAAAAUGUUUUGUCACUGAAACAAAUCUUGUGUAUCAUCAGAGAACGCAUACAGGAGAGAAACCAUUCUCAUGUUCUGAUUGUGGAAAAUGUUUUAGUCGUAAAGACACUCUUGUUAAACAUCAGAAAAUGCACACAGGAGAGAAACCAUUCUCAUGUUCUGAAUGUGGAAAAUGUUUUGUCAAUAAAACAAAGCUUGUGCUUCAUCAGAGAACGCACACAGGAGAGAAACCAUUCUCAUGUUCUGAAUGUGGAAAAUGUUUUAGUAGUAAGGCAAUUCUUGUUAUACAUCAAAGAACUCACACAGGAGAGACACCGUUCUCAUGUUCUGAAUGUGGAAAAUGUUUUAGUAGUAAGGCAAUUCUUGUUAUACAUCAAAGAACUCACACAGGAGAGACACCGUUUGCAUGUUCUGAAUGUGGAAAAUGUUUUGUCAAUAAAACAAAGCUUGUUCUUCAUCAGAGAAGUCACACAGGAGAGAAACCAUUCUCAUGUUCAGAAUGUGGAAAAUGUUUUAGUAGUAAGGCAAUUCUUGUUAUACAUCAAAGAACUCACACAGGAGAGACACAGUUUGCAUGUUCUGAAUGUGGAAAAUGUUUUGUCAAUAAAACAAAGCUUGUGCUUCAUCAGAGAACGCACACAGGAGAGAAACCAUUCUCAUGUUCUGAAUGUGGAAAAUGUUUUAGUAGUAGAGGCACACUUGUUAGACAUCAGAGAACUCACACAGGAGAGAAACCGUUCUCAUGUUCUGAAUGUGGAAAAUGUUUUAGUAGUAAGGCAAUUCUUGUUAUACAUCAAAGAACUCACACAGGAGAGACACAGUUUGCAUGUUCUGAAUGUGGAAAAUGUUUUGUCAAUAAAACAAAGCUUGUGCUUCAUCAGAGAACGCACACAGGAGAGAAACCAUUCUCAUGUUCUGAAUGUGGGAAAUGUUUUAGUAGUAGAGACACACUUGUUGGACAUCAGAGAACUCACACAGGAGAGAAACCAUUCUCAUGUUCUGAAUGUGGAAAAUGUUUUAGUAGUAGAGACACACUUGUUGGACAUCAGAGAACGCAUACAGGAGAGAAACCAUUCUCAUGUUCUGAUUGUGGAAAAUGUUUUAGUCGUAAAGAAACUCUUGUUAUACAUCAGAGAACUCACACAGGAGAAAAACCAUUUGCAUGUUCUGAAUGUGGAAAAUGUUUUGUCAGUAAAACAAAGCUUGUGCUUCAUCAGAGAAAGCACACAGGAGAGAAACCUGUAUCAUGUUCUGAAUGUGGAAAAUGUUAUAGUAGUAGAGACACACUUGUUGCACAUCAGAGAACUCACACAGGAGAGAAACCAUUUGCUUGUUCUGAAUGUAGAAAAUGUUUUAGUAGUAAGGCAAAUGUUGUUAUUCAUCAGAGAACUCACACAGGAGAGAAACCGUUUGCAUGUUUUGAAUGUGAAAAAUGUUUUAGUAGUAGAGGCACACUUGUUAAACAUCAGAGAACUCACACAGGAGAGAAACCUUUCUCAUGUUCUGAAUGUGGAAAAUGUUUUAGUAGUAGAGGCACACUUGUUAGACAUCAGAGAACUCACACAGGAGAGAAACCUUUCUCAUGUUCUGAAUGUGGAAAAUGUUUUAGCCGUCACUCAGUUCUUGUUACACAUCAGAGAAUUCACACAGGAGAGAAACUGUUCUCAUGUACUGAAUGUUAAAGAGAU